GAGGAAUAGGACGCGCUAUGACGUAAUUACGCAAGUCACAUGAAACCUUCACUACAAACCUUUUUAAUGUGCUGUUUUCUUUAUUUACACCCCAUGUAGACAGAUUAUAAACGAUACUGGACGUUUGCGCGGAGUUUUAACGACCCAGCAUGGACGAGGACGGUUUGCCAAUCGUGGGGUCUGGAGUUGACCUCACGAAGGUUCCAGCUAUACAGCAGAGACGAAUUGUUGCCUAUCUCAAUCAGUUUGUUGUCCACACAGUUCGAUUCCUGAACCGAUUUUCCACAGUUUGUGAAGAGAAACUUGCAAACAUAUCCCUUCGCAUCCAGCAGAUUGAUACCACCUUGUGCAUUUUGGAGGCUAAGUUGGCCUCCAUUCCCGGGCUGGAGGAGGUCACAGUAGAUGGACUGAACCAGCAGCACAGUGUGCAGACAAAUGGGCCCACUCCAACCAGUCAAAUCCAAACAGAUGGGUCUUCAGUGGGAGCAGUUCCUUCCUCAGUGCCUCAGGAGGCACGACAAGAAGCUCCUGAGCAAAAAGCAGCAGCCGUUGCAGAGAAUGUCCUCACAGUGGCCAAAGACCCACGAUAUGCCCGCUACCUGAAAAUGGUUCAAGUGGGUGUUCCAGUGAUGGCCAUCAGGAACAAAAUGAUCCUGGAGGGUUUGGACCCCAGCCUACUCGACACGCCGGAUGCCCCUGUGCCCGACGGAGCAGGAGCCAACACAGAGAACGAAGGGGCUGCUGCCUCCAGUUCUGACAGUGAAUCUUCCUUCAGUGACUGAAACCUCUUUUUUUAUUCUGCAAAACGUCCUGUAAGGUUCAAAAUGCAAGUCUGCCUAUAAAGAAACACAUUGCAAAGAAUCCAAUCAAGUUUGUUAGGUGAUUGUUUAUAUCCAUCUGAAUGAGCUGCAGCAUUUUGAUCAAUGUUUAAAAUGAUUUGAAAAAUAUGUAUAUAUAUUUUGUCUAUUCAAGAAAGCAGAAAGAGGAAGCUUUUUGAAUGAGUUGGAGCACUAACACCACCUGCCUCACAUUGUGUGGAUGCCCACUUGUUCUAAUAAUAGCAGGGGGUCCCUCGUAUUCUGUAGGUUGGGGCUGUGUAGCAUCAGAAAUCUGUUUUCCCAACUGUUCCUGAAUGUAUAUUUUUUAGCUAUAUAUUUCAGAGCUAUGAGCGGAACUUUGCAUCCUAACUGAUUCAGUCUAUAAAAAAGGUAGAAUUGUCAUUUAUAGCUAAGAAAUGAAUACAUUUGAGUCAAUCUUUCAUAGCAUUAUGUCCGUAACAGUUUUCUGCUUUUAUAUAUGCGAAAACAGAUAUGUAGGCAGUUUUUACCACGUCAUAAUCAUAUACGUUGUGAUAUUGAAAAAUUGCACUUUUUUUGUUUGUUUUGUUCAUCAUUUGACAAUUUAUUAUUUUAAAUGCUAUUAUUUUUGGUUCUGUAUAUAGGUAGAGGGGAAGCCAAUCUUCCUUUAGGAGCCAAUAUCUUAAAGCCCCACUCCAAUCCUCUUUUGAUCUAAUUUCACAGUGUUUUUAUUUUAUUUUAUCUUUUUACUCUAAUUAUGUAGUUUUUAGCCAAAAUCAAAAAAAAACCUGUCGUUUUCUAGGACAUAGUUCCUGCAGAGCGGCAGGAGAAAAUUGCCUCUUAGUUGUGAGGGUUGAAUCAACCUUGCCCCCUCCCCAUUGCCGCGACCUUUCUGUUUACACCAGGAAUGGGGUCCUCCACAUCAUAAGAGAAAGAAGUGACAUGGGAUUAACAUAUAUAUUUUAAAGCUGAAAAUCUUUGAAUUUUUAUUUCAAAGCUGUGACUUUUUUUUUUCUCAUUUUAGAGCCAAUUGCACUGAUUGCACUUUCCUCAGGGGAAAACGCAGACUUAGAGAAAUGCUGCAUUCAUGCAGAGUUGGAAUGAUGUGAAAAGUGACUGUCCAACUCUGAAAACAAUCAUAAAUGAUCAGAAAUCAGAAAAACAACAACAAAAUCUUCCUACACCACAUGAAUGUUCAGUAACUAUCUGCACCCAGACAAAGAUCGUAGGGAGCUUGCGGUCCGUCCAGCGUAUAAUGCAACUUUUUUCAAACAACAUUUUUUAAUUUACUCUUGAUUGACAAUGAUUUAACAAAAAAUACUCAGAAAUUUUCUUUUAUACAUUCCAUCCAUCAUCAGAAAAAUGGCACAAGAGCAUGUCAAAAACAAUUUUUAUUGGAGUGCGUCUUUAAACCCUUGGUAUUCCUAAUCAAUUUGGAAUUAAAGACAAAAAGUUCAUUUCAAGCCCAUCCUGAAUGUUGAAUGAUGAAAAAAACAACACAAUUAAUGUUUCAUCCUCCUACUUUUUCCCCUCACAAAAGCUGCUGAUGUCUGGAUUAAGGAAACUUGCACUAAAUUAUCACAAACUGUCAAAAUAAGUUUGUUAAACUGCAUUAGGCUCGCUCAUACUCUGAUUAUAUUGAUCAGAACUUGUUAACAGAUGUGUAGAAAUGUGCCAAGAAUGCUGUUAGGCUCAAAGAAAAUUGUGUAAUUGUUCAGAAAAGACUUUAUAAAAGAAAAAGACUGUUGAAUGUGUAACUUUCUCUGAAUAAAGAUGCAUACAGUGUU